AUGAUUCGGAAAUAUGCCACUGCAAGCGAACCUAUAGAUCAUCAUUCUAAGCAUAAUUUACAACCUUGGCCUACUUCAAAGAAGCCUACACCAUACGAAAUCUUUCACAUUGAUCAAAAGGAUGAAAACCUCUCUGUAUUAGAAUUUAAUAAGAUUUUAAAGAAGAUUCACUCAAGCUAUGUGAAGAUUUAUCACCCAGACAUAUCAAGCAAUAUAGAAAUCCUUGAUUCCAAGCAGCAGCCAUUGACUCCACAAAUGAAGAGGGAUAGAUUUGAUCAAAUCAUGACCGCUUAUGAGCUUUUGAAAGAUCCCAGAAGAAGAACCGCAUACAAUAGAUACAAAGGUACAUCAUGGGAUUCAUACCAACCCCAAGGUAAUUCAUUUGAGUCGUAUCGUAUGGCUAAUGCCCAUAGGAAAAAGUAUAACUUUGAAAAUGACGAGGAGUUCUGGCGGGCUGGGACUUGGGAAGAUUAUUAUAAUAUGAAAUUUAAACGUAAACCACCUACAAAGGAAGAACUAGACAAAAACAAAUACAAGAUUCUUGCCGGAGUGCUUACAGUUGCUACUCUAGUAUGCGGGUUAGAAAUAAUGCUUGCGUUAAACAAAACGAAGGAGAUGAAUCGCCAGAUUACUUUACUGAGCUUGAGAUCAAUGCAAGACUUGCAGAGAAGUAAUGACAAUUACGGAGAAGGUACAACCCGUUUCCUGAGAAUUAGGCGGUUCUUAUUACAGAGAAGGUCCGCUUUUAAUAACGAAGAUGAGGUGAAUCUUGAAAAGCUUAAGGCCGAAGACCGUAAACUUUUAGCAAAAUAUGCUCAGCAGCAAGUUGAUAAGUUUUAA